CUUGCUCAUCACAUCUAUGGGCCACAUCAAGCUGACCGACUUUGGCCUGUCCAAGAUUGGCUUGAUGAACAUGACUACCAAUCUCUAUGAGGGCCACAUUGAGAAGGACACCCGAGAGUUUGUGGAUAAACAGGUCUGUGGUACUCCUGAGUAUAUUGCUCCGGAAGUGAUCCUGAUCCAAGGUUACGGCAAGCCAGUGGACUGGUGGGCCAUGGGCAUAAUACUCUACGAGUUCCUGAUCGGCUGCGUCCCAUUCUUCGGUGACACUCCAGAGGAACUCUUUGGGCAAGUGAUAAGUG